GCGGGGGAUGUUAAGACUCAGUUGCAUGUUGCUAAGCUGUUGCAACGGCGCUCUCGGGUCUUCCAGCGCCGGCAUCGCUCCUGUAGACGGCUGCUUUCAGACGGAUCAACCAUGACAACCGAGUGCAGGCUUCUCCGCUUGGCGACAUACAUGUGCCCGAGUCUUCCGGUCGAGUAUUAUGAAUUUCUGGCGGACUACCUAGAAACAGAACUCAAUCUGAGAACAAUUCUCCUCUAUGACUCUCGGAGGCCAGGACCGGACAGCCAGCGAGGGGAUGACGAGAGGGUUGACAUGGCAUUUGUACGAACUUCAACGUACAUAGAUCAGUUUCGGUCUUCCAAUAAGUUCAAGUUGCUUCCUGCAAGCGCUGCAACAAAACACCCCGUGAGAGGGGAAGUCCACGGUUACUUCGCAGACAUCGUUGUUCAUAGGGAUGUCAGAGAUAGAGUUAAGGAAUUCCUAGAUCUGCGAGGUUGCAAGUAUGCAUAUGCGAGUGAAAAUUCUAUCAGCAGUGCCAGACAAGUUCUUCUUACCCUGAAGCAGAUGGGAGAAAAUGCGUCAUUCUUUUCUGAUAUUCAGGCAUCAGGUAACCAUAUGAAUUCGCUGGAGAUGGUAGUAGCAAAGAAAGCUGAGGCAGCGGCAGUGGAUUCCAUCGCUUUAACCAACUACCUGAGCCGCUUUUACUACCAGGAAUCAGAGCUGCAUCUUCAGGAGUCUUGGGGACCUCUGCCUCCUCAUCCUAUACUGGUUAACACAAAGCUGCCAGAUGAAAUACAAGGCCAGAUUGAAAGGGCUUUACUGCACUGCACAAUAAACCAGAGUUGGCAAAGCAGCUGUCGCAUUGGAAUACAAGUUUUCAAGAUUACGAAUCAAUAUAACUUGAGAAAUUUAGAGACAGCCUUUAAUUGA